AUGACAACCAUAACACGUUUUGAUGGCAUUCAAGCAUAUGGAACAUUUACAAAGCAACAAGCAAUUGCUGUCUUGAAGAAAUCGCAUAAAAUCAGUGAGUUUAUCGUGAAGAAAGAAAAAAUAUUGGUAGAGUAUUUAUCAGCAAGUACAGAUGAGUUUAUUAAAGAUAUUUUAGAAGUUAUUAAAGAGGAAGUAAAUGUAGAUUUGGGGCAGAUAGCUUCCGUGAAGGAGCUUGAGCAAACCCUUAAAGCCAAUAAAUACAUACACAGUGUUGACAAUGUAUUGCCAGACCUUGAGCUAAAGGAAAGAACAGUUGGCUUCUUCGAGAGUCUAGGUGCAUAUAGGUUCAAGGAAGAAAUCAGAAUGUGCAAAAGUUUAUUCUAUGAAUCUUGUACGAAUUUUGUACUUUUGCCUUUUGGUGUCCUCAACUACAAAAUAAUAUCAUUGGCUAAGAUUCACAAAAGAAUUUUGAUCGAUCAAUCUGGCUGA